GAACUGCUAACAUGCGUUAAGAAAAUCCAGUUUGUAACAUAUUAUAUCAAUUGCAAAAAGAAAUGUAUAAAAAAAAUCCCAUCAUCAUGCAUAUGUUACCUCAUUAUAGAACAAAAACGAUGGUUGCUCGUGGAGAAACUGUAAAAUGUUACACCAUUCUUAUUAGUUGUCUUGUUAACUCAAUGGUUCUUGGAAAUGAAAUGUGCGAUCAAACGCCGCACCCCAGUCAAUGCAACACACUUGUGAUUCAACCCAGCGUGACAGAGUUCCUGAAGGUGUCCAUGGAACGAACACUAGAUGAUGCCUUGAAAGCCAAGAACGACACCUACUCUCAGUUUGAUUCAGAGCAAGGAGCUUGGGAGGAUUGUAUGGAAUUGUACGACCGGACCAUCCACAGGCUUAACCAGAGCGAGUCGUGUCCAAAGGACGUGUAUUGCUCUAGAUCGGAUGUGCAUGCAUGGCUCAGCACCGCACUGACCAACCUAGAAACGUGUCGGGAAGGGAUGUCAGAGCUAGGUCUCUCGUCUGAUACUUUGCAGGGGGGGGGGGGGGGGGGGAUCACCAUUGAUAUCACUAACGCCUUGGCCAUUAGCAAGGGGAUGGAGGAGGCAAACGGUAACGUACAGUUUAGGUGGGGAUAUCAAAAGUAGCAGUGGAUAAUAAGAAGAAGAAGAAGAUCACCGGAUGCAAUGGUGGCUCAAGAUGGCUCAGGGGACUACAAGACGAUACAAGAGGCGGUGGAUGGUGCGGGAGAGAGGCCCAGGGGAAGCAAAUGGUACGUCAUACACGUCAAUCAGGAAUAUGUCAAAGUGGGAAUUAAAUCUCAUAACAUCAUGAUCAUCGGAGACAAAAGCAAAGGCAGAGGAUUUUCCACUUUCAAAUCCGCCACGUUUGUGGCGCGAGACAUGACGAUCAGGAACACGGCGGGGACGGAGAACAAGCAGGCGGUGGCACUGAGAUCGGACUCGGACAGGUCAGUGUAUUACAGCAUCCAAGGGUAUCAAGACACGCUGUACGUCCACACUAGGGCGUCAGUUUUCAGGAAGUGCAACAUAUACGGCACCGUUGACUUCAUUUUCGGAAACGCAGCCGCGGUCUUCCAGAACUGCAGUAUAUUGGCACCGUUACGUCCAUGGCCCUCGUAUGCUAUGACGGUGGUGAUAGGAACGUUCCUUGGUCCUUUGAUCGAACCCAAAGGAUGGCCGGGUUCGAGUACAACAAACCGGGUCAAUUAGACCGGGUUUCAUGUGAUAUCAGAUAUUGAGGAAGCCCGUCAGUUUACAUUACACAACUUCAUCGACGCUGCUUCUUGGCUCCCCUCUGCUAAAGUCCCUUUCACCACCCAUCUCUGAACACUUUUUUGUAAUGUCCAUCGAGAGUAUAAUAUAAAUAACUUAAAAGAGGCCCGUCCAUUUAUCCUAUUAGAGCCCACAUGUUACACAAAAUCUUGUUUCUUCUUCCCCUUUUUCCUUUCUUCCAAAUCCAAUAACAUUCAUCUAAUUAAAUAUUUGAUGAAGGUGAAACAAGAGAGCAGGUUCGUCAAAUUAAGAAGCUGUGAAUGUAUAUAUGAGUUAACUGGUAUUUUUUUUCUGAACUGAUAUUUUAUAGAGAAAAAAAAAUCUUUUGGCGUUUUGAUUUUGAGAUAAAUUUGUGACCAGAAAAAAAUGAGAUACAUGAAAAGGGUUAAUGAGAGCACGUGAAUGGGUGGCAGAAUUAAAUAGCUCCAUCCACAUCUGGCCUUUGUUUAUACAAUUUUCACACUAUUUGUUUGUUACUUUCUGAGAACUUUUAUCUUUUAAAAAGUGAUAAAAAAUCAGAUAUUUAAAUAUCAAGACAAAAAUAUAUUUACUUCGACUCUAAACCUAGGCUGAAACACUCUUCGUUUGAACUGAAGAGAAACAAUAACAUACUAAGAGUAGAAUGUCCUCCCAAAUUUGUUAUCUUCUCUCCUCAAUCUAACUCCAAAGAAUAAAAUGGAUGUGUUUACUAUGAACAUAAUACAUAAAAUAAAUCUUUAACAAAAUAAAUAAUGAUAAAUAAAAUAAUUAUAAUACAAAAUUUUGACAUGUGUAGUUAAUAAUUUUGAUUUUAACUAAUGUUAAAUUGAUAUAUAUAUAUAUAUAUAUAAUAUAUAUAGUUAACUGGAUCACAGAAGACUUAAUAAUAGAAAGAAAAGAGAAAAAUGUUUUUUUUUUCUUUUUACGUGUUUUAUAACUUACUAAAUAUAAAUAAUAGACAAUAGGAAUACAGAGAACCUAAACAAUAUUUUUAGAUUACUAAAUAUAAAGAAUGUGUAUUAAAGUAUUUGGAUACUUAUUUUUGUUAACAAUAUUCACGGAUUUGAAUCCAUGUAUUGAUGCAGCUAGCAUGAUGCAGACCAACUAGUUGACUACAUAUCACAGUAAAAAAAUCAUAUGCAUGUUACU